AUGUCUGGCUCAUUGGCUAUUCUUCUUGGAGCAUUAUCUCUGUCAACUCUUCAUAAUAAUAGCUAUGGAGGCGAUAACACUACAUAUUACAAAUUUCCAAAAUUUUGGACCAAUUCUGGGCUUUGCCCUCUUGGCAAUAUUACCCAUAGGAGUAUAACCGAUUACCUUCGUUCAGAUACAAUGCAAGGAAAUCUCCUACAUCUGUCUGCAUUACCCCACGGUGCAUUAACACAUUUGAGAAUACACUGGCUGUUAGAAUUGUUGGAAUUUCAACAAUUCACACAAUCUGGCCUUCCCAUUUUUGACUUCAGCCUUUUGGAUGAAUUUCUAAUAGAUUUGGAUAUGAUGAAUAUAAAUCCCGUUGUGGAGUUUAUGGGAAACUUUUCAAAUCUGUUUGAAAAAAAUCCCACCUAUAACGACGUGAUAUGGGACGACUUAACCUACCAAGUAACAAAACGAUAUUUAAAUAUGUUUGGAGCUAAAAAAGUGUUAAACUGGCGUUUUGAAACUUGGAAUGAACCGGAUGUUAUAUCGUACAACAAAUUAAAUUUCUCCCUAAAAGAUUAUGUUAUCUACGCCAAUUCCAUAAAACAGGGCUUAAUCAGAGCAGGAGCCAGACCAACAAAUAGUCUGCAUAUUCCAUUGAGGGGGCCUGCGGGUCUAUUUAAAAAACGCUCUCAUCAUCCAAUAUGUUGGGGUAUUUUAGAGCACUGUAAUGCGAAUAUUGAUGAGUGUCCAAUUGAUAUACUGACCUUCCAUCGAAAAGGAAGUAGUCCAAAUGCAAGUGUUAUCCUAGACGAAUCCGUGCAUUUACUAUCUGAUAUUUACAAAGCGUUUCCCAAUAUACAACAAUUGUUAUUUUCAAAUGAUGAAGCAGAUCCAUUAGCUGGUUGGUCAAUGCCUCGUGAUUUCCAGGAAGAUGUAAGAUAUGCUCUAACAUUUGCGAAUAUUGUUUUGGAUCACUGGAAAGCGAAAUUGGACCGUAAAAUAUUUGCACAUUUUGAGGACUUAAGCAACGACAAUGCCUUCCUUAGUUAUCAUCCUUUCGAAUUUUCCCAACGUACCCUUUUGGCUCAUUUUCGCAUGAAUAACUCAGUACCACCCUAUUCACAGUUUAUACAAAAACCAAUUUACGCAGCCAUGGGAAUGUUGUCACGAUUAGCAGAUAUGGCAGCUAGUCCUAUUGCAAUCAAAACAAGUAAUGGAUUAACAUUAAAUGUUUUAAAAACUACCGCUAACAAAGGUCAACCCAUGUAUUCUAGUUGGCUUGUAGUUCCGGCAAACGAAUCGGCAUAUGUUAACACCAUGGUGACGACGAAUUUCCAUUUGUGUGGAAAUGAAGUCAAUGCAUUUAUUGUCGAAGUUAUCGAUCAACAAUUAACGAAUCCCGUCAGAAUUUGGCGCCAAUUUAACAGCCCUCCCUAUCCCAAUUCAACUGUGAGAGAAGUAAUGCGUUUCCAUCAAACCAUGAAAAUACAUGAUACAGGUAUAUCGACUACAUCAGAUAUACUCCUUAAACUAUCAAAUCUAUCAUAUCCUUGGCUAAUGCUACUAAGGAUGUGCUCAAAUCUUAAUGGCUUGCCUGACCAACCACAAAAUUUACAAAUAACUAGAGUAACGAAAAGCGAAGUUAUUCUAACAUGGCAGGAAUCUACGAACAGCGUUUCGCAAUAUUGCCUGAAAACGUAUCAAGUAUGGUUUAGGGAGAAUCAAAACAGUGAAUGGUUAAAAAUUUCCAAUAAUUGGCACUUACCAUUUCCCUUUUUCCAGUAUGCCCCGGUUCAAAAUAGCCAGAUUGUCAAUGGCUUUUAUAAAGUACGCAGUGUUGACGUUUUUAAUCGGACUAGUUCCUUUUCCGCAGAAGUGCAAUACAUUGAAAUAUAA